AUGGAAGAGGAGCAACUCAAAAAAGCCCAACAAGAAGAGAAGCAAGCUCGCCAUAAACAUGGUGCAAAAGCAGAUAAAAAGGAGGGGAAGCGGAAAAAAGAAAAAGAGAAGAAGUCGAAAAAGCACAAGAAAAAGAAGAAAAAGAAAUCAAAAUCAUCUGGUGAAAGUAGUGAAGCAGAAUGGGUGGAAGUGACAAAAGAAAUGAGAGAAGCUGAAGCGGCUAAAGAGAAAUUAGAAGAGGCGUCAAUGGUGGGUCCAGCGAUACCUGAAUAUUUACUGCAGAAAGAAGCUGCUCUUACCGAUGAUCACACCAAACAUGUCAAUUACGGAAAAGAUAUGUUGCGAGGAGAAGCGGCCGCAAUGGCAGCGUACAUAGCGCAAGGUAAACGUAUUCCUCGUAGAGGUGAAAUCGGUUUAUCGUCAACAGAGAUAACUGAAUUCGAGAAGAUUGGAUAUGUGAUGAGUGGAACUCGACAUAAGAGUAUGGAGGCGACUCGACUCAGAAAAGAGAAUCAGGUAAUGACAGCCGAGGAGAAACGGUUAUUGAGUGGAUUCACUCACGAUGAACGCAAGAAGAAAGAGGAAAUUGUUUUGCAGCAGUUCAAAAGUUUCAUUGAGUCGAAGAAAACAAAAAAUUGA